GCCCCCCUGACCCCCCCGUGCCCCCCCAGGUGCUGCGCCAGGCCCUGGCCCUGGUCCGAUCCCACUGGGAGCAGCACCGGGACUACGCCUGGGCCUGCGAGCAGCUGAAAUCCCUGCGCCAGGACCUGACGGUCCAGGGCGUCCGCACCGAGUUCACGGUGGAGGUUUACGAGACCCACGCGCGGAUCGCGCUGGAGAAGGGCGACCACGAGGAGUUCAACCAGUGCCAGACGCAGCUGAAGGCGCUGUACGGGGAGAGCCUGCCCGGCUGCGUCGGGGAGUUCACGGCCUAUCGCAUCCUCUACUGCAUGUUCACCCGCAACUCGGGGGAGCUGACCACGGAGCUGGCCCUGCUGCCCCCCAGCCUCAGGACAGACCCCUGUGUGUCCCACGCCCUGUCCCUCCGCGCCGCCUGGGCCUUGGGGCUCUGGAGCCGCUUCUUCCGCCUGCACGGGGCGGCCCCGGCCAUGGGCGGGAGACUCAUCGACCUGUUCGCCGAGCGGGAGCGCCGGGCCGCCCUCAGGGCCAUGAUCAAGGCGUAGGUGGGGCCGGGGGGCCGCGGGGUCGGGGGGGAACGGGCGGGAAUUGGGGGGGGAAGGAUGAGAUUGGAGGGGAAACACCCCGAAAGUGAGGGGGGAACGCCCCUGGAACUGAGGGGAAAACACCCCAAAACCGGGGGGAAAACACCCCAAAAUGAGGAGGGGGGAGAGGAGGUGGAGCCCCCCGUGGCCACACAGGUGAGUGCAGGGGGUGGGACGUGAGUGGCCCCCCCAGGGGGGAGCCCCCAUUUCUGUCCCACAGGGGGGCUGGGACCCCACGUUUGGUUUGGGGGGUGGAACCCGCCCUGUUGUGCCCCACAUUGGGGUGGGUGAACCCCCCAUUUCUGCCCCACAUUGGGGUGGGGGGGUCCCUCUGACCCCCAGCUGGGGCUGUGACUCCCCUCCAUGGGGCUGAGCCCCCCCUUUUGGGGCUGAGCCCCCACUUUGCCCCCCAUGGGGUUACAUCUCCCCCAGUGGGGCUGAGCCCCCCUGUUCCCCUCUGGUGCCGUGUCCCCCCUUAAUGGGGCUGUGACCUCCCAAAUGGGGCUGAGCCCCCACUUAUGGGGCUGUGCCCCCCCCGUUAAUGAGGUCACCCCUCACACUUAUGGCCCCUGUGGGGCUGAGCCCCCAUUUAUGGGGCCGAGCCCCUUCCCUGGGGUCACCCCCCCCCUCUAUGGGGCCGAGCCCCUUCCCUGGGUCCCCCCCCCUCCGUGGGGGUCUCCCCUCGCCGUGGGGCUGUGGGUGCCUGGGGGGGCUCCCCCCGUGUGCCCCCCCGGGCCGCCCCUGCCCCCCUGACCUCCUUCUCUCCCCAGCUACCGCCCGGCGCUGCCGACGGCCCAGCUGGGCCCUGCUCUGGGGCUGGAGCCCCCCGAGCGCCGCCGCUUCCUGGGGGGGCUGCCCCUCACCUUCACCGGCCCCGACCGCGGCGCCAUCGACUGCCGGCAGAGCCUGCAGGCCCUGCCCCACAUCUGACACAUGGGGGGCA